AUGUCUGGCAAGAGAAUUACAUCUCCUUAAAAUAAAAAAUGUCAUUCAAAUAACAAAGGUCAUGAAAUUAAGACCAUUUAAAAAUUAGAUUGUUUUACAAGUACUAAUGGCAAAAUAAAUAAGGUAUUCAAAUCUAAGGGUUAUUAGUUAUUAGAACAUUAAACAUCAGUUAACUUAUGCUACAGAAUAAAGACAACUGAAUUGUUUAACAAAUAAAGCUUUGAUAUAGGAUAGAGAUUCUAAUGAUCGAAAAUAAAUAAUUAAUUAAUUAUUACAAGAGAACAUUAAAUUGAAAGAAUAGAAUGAUAAGAAAAAUAAAUUAAUAGAAAUGUUGAUUGAUGAAAGAACAGAUAUUAAAAGAGUUACUAGUCUUCAUAUUCCUCAUGAAAAAGAUAUUUAACAGUCAAAAACUAAUUUUAGGCUUUAAAGUCCAAAUCAAAUGGAAUUUACAUUUUAUAAAAGUCCUAGUAGAGGUUUACCUAAAGAAUUCUAAAUAACUCCAUCUCGGAAAAUGUUUUUUUGA